AUGGCGGAGGCGGGCAGCAGCUCAAGGGCCACUCUGCGAUCUUUGUCGCCGCCUUACGCAGCAGCAGCAGCAGUCAUGCCGUGCUGGCUGGUGCUGGUGCUGGUGCUGGUGCUGGUGCCGGUGCUUGGAGGCGGGCUGGCUGGCUGGGGAGGCGAAAUAGCGGCAGGGCUGAAGCUAGAGCUAGCGGACUUACAGGACGGACGGACGGACGAUGCGAUCAGAUGGAUCAAUGCAAUUGACGCCGCAAUUAGCAUGCGUAAGCCGAGUCGAGCGUCGUGGUGGAAUCGGAAUGCGCUCGACAUGCAAGGCGGCGAUCCGAGUCGGGAGCGCACGAACAGGGUGUCUUGGCUGGUUCAGGUGCUCCCUGGCCUUUGCUUUCGGGGGGCUGGCAGCGUUCUUGCUCCAGGCGAGAAGGGGCACGGGGGAAAGGCCACGCUGAGAUGGCGGGAAAAUGAGCCCAGAGACGCUGCACUGUCCGGUGCGACUUUGUACUUCGUCUAG